AUGGCGGACGGGACCCAACGCGCCUCGAUCGAUGGGGGCGUGGGCGGCGACGUGACGUCUUUCGCGGCGUGCGGCGUGCCGCCUGCCGGGGCGCUCGGCAUGUUCAGCGCGAACGACAGCGAGCUGCUGUGCAGCGCGUCGGCCGCAGAUGUGGAGGACGCAAUCCGCGCAGCGCAGGAGGAGCUGGCGCUGGAGGGCCGCCGGCACCACCAGGACGCCAGGAGCGAGGCGAAGCGCGCUGAGCUGGCAGACAGGUGA